UAGGAAUCGCCGUAUUGUUCCUGGAUCUCGGGGUGAGAGUUGACUGGAACAUGUGGUUAGACAUGGCUGCGCCCUGCUGGCAUUGAGGACCGUGACUGUUGAACACUGGAUGGAAUAGUUUAGCGCUUAUUUGAAAGCUCUUUUGUGGAUCAACAUGACAGACAACGGGAUGUUUGUGAAAGACACAGGCCAAGGCCAGACAAUAUCCAGGGCAAUGAUUAUUGAAAUGCUGAAUAAAAAGUUUGAAAAACUCCCUGAUAUAGACAAAAAAGUCUUUUCAUACGGCCCCAUAUAUUUGGCUGGCAACGCUGGGUUUGCUGGCUUGGUUGCCAACAGCUUUUUCAGACGUGUACUCAAUGUCACCCAAGGACGAUUUACUUCCAGCCUUCCCAUGGCUGUUCUUCCCUUUCUGACAACUGCCGCACUUUACACUGCGACCGUAACAAACCCUUUAAUGUCAGGUGACCUGAACUGCCCAACCUGUACCCUGAUAAGAGGGGCUUUGGUUGGUGUAGUUGGCGGUGGCAUAUAUCCCAUUUUGUUGGCCUUACCGGUCAAUGCUGGUCUUGCAGCCAGGUAUAACAGUGCACCAAUGCCAGAAAAGGGGAACAUGAUACGCUUCUGGACAAAUGUCAGCAAACCCAUUGUACAGAAGAUGUAUGUUGUUUUGCUGCUGCAGGGUUUGUUUGGAACCUACUUGAGCUCUAAACAGUUUGAUAUCUACCUAAAAAUGCUGAAAAUAACCGAUUCUGACAGCGAACAGCUUCAUGGUUAGCAGUUAUUAUUUAUAUUGAUGUUGUAAAUCUUUUUGUUAAAAUAAGUGAAACACGCUUGACCAAUGCCAUAACCCAGUCUUGUCAGUUUUGUUCUUGGUUUUGAUGUCUGAUCAAUAAAUUCCAUUCACUAUACCUUUGCACUCUCUGCCCAAAAGUUGAAAAGCAAGAAAUCUACCGAAGUUUCCAAAAAAUAACCUAAAUCACAAAUUGAGGUACUUAAAAGAAUUUAAUGUCUUUUCUUAUACCUCAGAAGUCUCUGAAUAAUGUAAACUGCCUGUCCAUUAUUUUACUAGAUACCACAAAACAUUAACUAGAGCUUGGCCUAAACAACCAUUUGGUUUGUGUGCAUGUAUGAAAGGAAAAUAAAGUGGAUAAAAAGUGGUGCAAACACAAAUAACUUUUGCUAAUGUGUAACUUGUAAAAUUAUCAAAUGGAGAACAUGUGAAGCAAUAACAAGUUUAGCUACUAAUAACAAAAACAAUGCACUGGGAAACAAGCUUAUGGACCUUAAUUACAAUGUACAUUUACUGCCACAAAGAGAUCUUUUAAUGUGAAUUUCCAAUUCCCGACCACAACAAUCAAACGGUUCUGAAAUGUAAACAGAAAUAUCAGCAUUAGCUUUUAAAUAAAAUCAUAAAAACUCCAUUUAGUCAUAGCGUUUCAGAAGAUCUAGAUUAAUAGUCACUUGAAUUUUUCAGUAACAUUUAAUUUUACAAUGUAGUUUUAUCAUCUUGUUGAAAUCAUCUGACAA